AGGCGUGCUGCGUUCUGACGCAGAGCAAGGUGGCGGCGCCCAGCCGGCUUCCACUCGCCAAGUUGUUUCGGGUUCUCUGUCCGCCCUCGGCAUGUUCCUUCUCCGGGACCGUGGCCGCUGGGCCGCGGCGUCCCUCGGCAAACGCCUGCCCUCGUGUCGCCUCCGCAGCGACAGCGCCGCUCCGUGCCGCGCGCACUUCGAUGUGGUCGUGAUCGGAGGGGGGCACGCGGGCACCGAGGCGGCCGCCGCCGCUGCUCGCUGUGGCUCGCGGACUCUGCUCCUCACACACCGCGUGGACACGAUCGGUCAGAUGUCCUGUAAUCCUUCCUUUGGUGGCAUCGGAAAGGGGCAUUUGAUGAGGGAAGUAGAUGCCUUGGAUGGUUUGUGUGCGCGGAUCUGUGACCAGUCUGGUAUACAUUAUAAAGUAUUAAACCGGCGUAAGGGCCCUGCUGUGUGGGGGCUGAGAGCGCAAAUUGAUCGGAAGCUUUAUAAACAGAACAUGCAGAAGGAAAUUCUGAAUACGCCCCUGCUCACUGUUCAGGAGGGAGCUGUAGAAGAUCUAGUUCUUACAGAACCAGAGCCUGGAUAUGCUGGGAAGUGCCGGGUCAGUGGUGUUAUUUUGGCAGAUGGAAGCACAGUUUCUGCAGAGAGUGUAAUUCUGACAACGGGGACAUUUCUGAGAGGCAUGGUCGUAAUUGGAUUGGAGACGCAUCCUGCAGGACGUUUGGGGGAUCAACCCUCUAUAGGGUUGGCUCAGACUCUGGAGAAGUUAGGAUUUGUGGUAGGAAGACUGAAGACUGGGACUCCACCCCGACUUGCCAAAGAUUCCAUUAAUUUCAACAUUCUAAACAAGCACACACCAGAUGAUCCAUCCAUCCCAUUCAGCUUUCUCAGUGAAACAGUGUGGAUCAAGCCAGAAGAUCAACUGCCAUGUUACUUGACUCACACCAGCCCCAGAGUGGACGAGAUUGUCCUUGCAAACCUGCACCUGAAUAGUCACAUCAAGGAGACGACACGAGGGCCCCGGUACUGUCCUUCCAUUGAAUCUAAAGUUUUACGUUUUCCAAACCGUCUACAUCAGGUUUGGUUGGAACCGGAAGGAAUGGAUUCUGACCUUAUCUACCCUCAGGGGUUAUCUGUUACACUGCCAGCUGAGUUACAAGAGAAAAUGAUAGCGUGCAUCAGAGGCCUGGAGAAAGCCAGAAUGGUUCAUCCAGGCUAUGGUGUUCAGUAUGAUUAUUUAGAUCCCCGCCAGAUAAGUCCUUCUCUCGAGACACAUUUGGUUCAGCGGUUGUUCUUUGCUGGGCAGAUAAAUGGAACCACUGGCUAUGAGGAAGCUGCAGCUCAGGGUGUGAUAGCUGGAAUCAACGCCAGUCUUCGGGUCAGUCGAAAACCACCCUUUAUUGUAAGUCGUACAGAAGGCUACAUAGGAGUCUUAAUUGAUGACCUCACCACACUGGGCACCAGCGAACCAUACCGCAUGUUUACCAGCAGGGUAGAGUUCCGUUUGUCACUGCGCCCAGAUAAUGCUGACAUCCGCCUCACAUUCCGAGCCCAUAAGGACGCUGGCUGUGUGUCCCCACAGCGGUAUGAAAGAGCUUCCUGGAUGAAGUAUUCUUUAGAAGAAGGCAUGUCUGCGUUGAAAUCCAUUGAGUUUUCAAGCUCCAAGUGGAAAAAGUUAAUUCCACAAGCUCCUAUAAGUAUUAAUAGAAGCCCUCCUGUCAGUGCUCUAGAUGUUCUUAAGUAUGAAGAAGUUGACAUGGAGCUGCUGGCCAGUGCUGUUCCCGAGCCCCUGAAGAAGUAUACUGCUUAUAGAGAGCUGGCUAGAAGACUGAAAAUAGAAGCUAAUUAUGAGUCAGUAUUGUUGUAUCAGCUACAAGAAAUAAAGGAGGUUCAGCGAGAUGAAGCUUUCCAACUGCCACAAGACUUAGAUUAUCUAACAAUCAAGGAUGUGUCGUUGUCCCAAGAAGUUCGAGAGAAGCUACACUUGAGUCGCCCACAGACAAUUGGGGCUGCUAGUCGUAUACCUGGAGUGACACCAGCUGCCAUCGUCAAUCUGCUCAGAUUUGUGAAGGCCGCUCAGCAGAGACAGGCAGGAGUGACGGAACACCAAACCAAUUAGUACUUACGUUGAUAUAAAGAAGCUUCCAGACAGAAUUGUAACUUUCAUUUCAUAGAGGACUUUUAGAAAGAGAAAGAGGGCUUAGAGAGUAUAAAAGGAGAUAAUAAUACCUGUAAGAACAGCAUUGUUAGAUUAUUUUACGUUUGUCCUUAUAAGACAAAGGUUACAGUUGUGCUUUUUUAAGUAUUAUUAUGCAAAAUACUUCAAGACAUCAGUAGGUCAUGUAGCAUUCAUCAAAGGGUAAUAAUUGAGCCAGAACUAAACCUGAAACUGAGUGUUGGUACAAAUUUUAAGUAAUCCCAUCUGUUACGAGGUUGAAGCUGGGCUGGACAGUGGUGAUGAUGCACACCUUUAAUCCCAGAACUUGGGAUGCAAAGAAACCCUGUCUCAAAAAAAAAAAAAAAAAAUGAUCAGGAGUUCAAGAUGAAAUUGGCCACACACAGAGACCUGGUCUCUAAGAGCCACUUCCAGAGCCUAUGCCUCUUUGGCCUGCCCACUUUUGUCAGUUAUGCAGAAGCGCUUUUCCUGAUACUCUGGACUUUUCGCACUCAUUCUCUGAAGCGCUUCCAUUCCUGCCUGCUUUUUUUCAGCCAAGUGGUAUUUCUCCCUCUUUCCAGCUCCCUCUUCCUGGCAGUAAAACUGUCCUUGAGCUCUAGAAACAAAAAGUAUUCAGGGGCAGGAGAGAUAACCCAGAGUCUUUCUGCCUGAAGAAGACCCGAGUUUGGUCCACAUCAGCCUGAUGCCUGGAACUGCAGUCCAAGGGGUCUGGUGCUCUCUUCUGAUCUGCUAUAAAAUCUCAGGGGGGUUGGCUCCAAAUGCUUGAUGAGCAUGUUAUUUUGUCAGGAAAGUCUGAGGCCAUCCAGAGACUAAGCCUGAGACUGCAGAAUAAGACAAGCAGUGCCCAUUUGGUGAGUGGACAUGCUGAGGGUAUCAAGGCCCCAGUCUGCCAGUAUGGAGACUGAUGAAUUUAUGUGAUAACCCCACCCCCCAUAUUGUAUGCAGGUGGCUAGUCUACUGUCCUAUGAUGUUUUUACAGGUAAACUUAAGAUGGGGAAAUUUCUUAAGCCCAUAUGUCAAGUUAAUUUGGUAUUUUUUACUCAUAAAGCACACCAGACCACAGGCUUAGUCUUGUCUGCUUACUGUGGUUAGAAAACGGUGAUUCAAGUCCUGAACUAGAAUGAAAAAUGAAGACUGAACUGGCAAUGGUGGCACACACCUUUAAUCCCAGGACUGGGAAGCAGAAGGUGGAUCUGUAUGAGUUCAAGGCCAGCCUGGUCUACAGAACAGGUUCCAGGACAGCCAAGUCUGCACAGAGAAACCUGUUUCAAAAAACUCCAAAGAAAAAUGGAGACUACAAAACCACCCCGAUUCACUCAGCUGUCUUUUCCUCUUUUGAGAACAGUUUUCAGCUGGUGUGCCAUUACAGCAUUAUGCACAUCAUCCUAAUACUGGGAGAGGCAGGGAGAGCAGGAGAAAUGGGUCUGCAGGUAAGUGCAAUGGCUGCUUUUUCAGAGGACAAGGGAUCAAGACAGGAUCCAAUACCUGGCCUCAUGGCCAUGUGAUACACAGACAUACAUGUAGGCCAAGCACCCAUACGCAUACUUUUUUCUUUUUUAGUUUGACAGAGGUAGCAGGAAGCUCAGAAAUUCAAAGUUAUCGUCAGUUUGAGGCUAGUCUCGACUACAUGAGACUCUGCCUCAGGGGUGUAGGUGGGUGAGGGCUGGAUGCCCAUACAGUUUCUAAUUCUGGAAUUGUGUAGGUUAAAAGCUGACCCAGAACAUUUAAAUCUUAGAUUUCAGCACUUUGGAAACUUUCAAUAGUCAUUAGUUUUGAACAUUAGUGGAAACUUUCAAUAGUCAUUAGUUUUGAACAUUAGUGGAAGUACUAUAAAACAAACACAAACGUAUUUUGUAAGCAGGUUAAAGGUGGUCAUAUUUCAUACAAUAAAAAUGUUUGCUGAUCCAACUGACCUGGCCAUGAUUUAACAUUAAUAAAGCAAUCUAUAAUUACUGAUGAACCGUGUCUAGUGCCGUAUCCUUUCUUUACUGGUGCAGGGAUAGUAUGUGCUGCAUUGGGGUGACCAAUGUGGGUCCCUUGGCUAACCUUUAUGUGUAGACUAGGUGAUGAAUAUAACUAGAUGGGCCAGACGGUUCUGUUUGGGUUUUUUCUUUUGGGGGGGGGGGGGGGUUGAGACAAAGUUUCUCUGUAGCUUUGGUGCCUGUCCUGGAACUAGCUCUUGUAGACCAGACCUGCCUCUGCCUCCCAAGUGCAGGGAUUAAAGGCAUGUGUCACUACCACCUGGCCCUCCCAGCCCUGUUUGUUUCUGUAAUACUAGCCAGGCUGUUAGCCUACCUAGGAAGAAGCCCCAUGUUUGCUUAGGCUUCUGCUAGAACUUAGUGUUCCAAGGCCUCUAGUCACUUUGGCCCUAUAACUAAGGUCUGAUUAUAGGGAAGGCAACCAAAUAUUUUGUUAUAAUUUAGCAUGACUAUUUGAAUGUAGUUCAAUGUAGUUAUGAAUAUAGUUAGAUUUGCUUGUUCAUCUAAAUUUAGUCCAGGUCAGGUCAGGGUCUAUUGAUUUAAAAUUUAUUUUUAUGUGCAUUAGUGUUUUGUCUGUAUGAAUAUCUGUGUGAACUUGCCAUUUCCCCUGAAACUGGAGUUACAGUUGUGAACUGCAGUGUGGGUAGUGGGAACGGAAGAGCAGCCACUGUUCUUAAGUGCUGAGUCAUCUCUUCAGCCCUGAUACCUUUAGAGAUGUAGCUUUUAAUCAAUACCAUGUGUGUGUACAAAUACAAAGAAUACAUAGGCUUUAGCCAGGCAUGGCAUGUGACAGCAUUUGACAUUUGAGCAUAGCUUGGACUGUACAGUGAGAAAUCCCAAGACUUGAGAGACAGAAUUGACUCAAAUUGGAGGCAAGCAUAGAACACAGCAAAACAAAGCCAGGCUAGCCUGUAAUCCCACUGUUGGGGAGGCGGAGACAAGAGGAAAGCCACAAAUUUAAGGUCAACCUGGUCUACCUAGUACCUAGGAAGUUCCAAACAAGCCAGAGCCACAUAGCAAUGUGAUCAAAAGUAGAAGGGUGAAGUGGGGAGAGAUAGCUCAGCAGUUAAAAUCACUCACUACUCUUUCAGAUGACUUGGGCUCAAUUCCCAGCACCUACAAUGGUGGCUAAUACCCAGCUGUAACUGAAGUCCAGGCAUUCCACACAGCCCUCUUCUGGUCCUUUACAGGUACCAGGCAUGUAUGUGGUGCGGAUAUAUAUACACCUACAGGUAAAACACAUGAGCUCCAAGCUAGCUGAGCUGUAAAGAGUUGGACUUGCCUCAAAAAGGGAAGCGAUGCCAGGUGGUGGCAUGGGCCUUUAAUCCCAGCACUAAGGAGGCAAGGAUAUCUAAACUAAAGGCCAGCCUGGUCUACAGAAGGUCCAAGACAGAAACCGUCUCAAAAAAAAAAAAAAAAAAAAAAAGAGGGAAUAGGGGGAAAAGAUGGUGAAUUUUAGUGUAUGUAAAGAAUUUAGCAAGUGGGUGAAGGGGGAACCUCUUGCAUAAUUUGCUCUUUUGCUUUUAUGUAGGAUAUAAUACAUUAAACUUAAUGUUCUUUGUUGCCUAUCUCCUAGAGAUCACACUAGACAACCUGGUUUACAGAGCAAGUUCCUGGAGUUCCAUGCCAGGGCUGAAUGCACAGGGAAAACCCAUCUCCCAAAAAAAAAGUUAUUUCAAGAUACUUGUGGUGGUGUGGCCUUUAAUCCCAACACUUGGGAGGCAGAAGCAGGAACAUUUGUCCUGCCUGAACCUGUCCCAAUAAGUACUUUAAAAUCCACUUAUUGAUCCAAAUAUUAAUAGGUUGUAGUAGGCUGGAAUGAAGGAUCACAAAUUUAAUGACUGCCUGAGGCUGACUGAAUUUUUAUAAAGGAAUUAGUAAAGUAGUAUACCUAACCUACCAUGUUCAGUACCCAGUACCCACUUCCAAAUUAAAUUGCCAGACUAGCUUGAUUUAAAACACCCCCGGAUGAGAGAGUAGUAGUGUAGCAUUGAAGAGCAUUAACAGUGAUUCAUCCUUUUACUAGAGUCAUGUGCCUGUGGAAUAACUUAGCAAAUUUUCUUCCUCUUGUCCUCAGGGUCAGCAGCACCCCUUUACCCACUGAGCCGCCUGGCUUGACACUAUUUCUAAGGAUGUUGGACUCCCAAACCUGUGUAAUCCAAACAGACCUGCAACUCCCUGAGGAGCCAGAGGAAAUGUCAGUAGCAACAGCCCUUUAUUGAUAGGCAAAGGCCAAAUAGUUUCCAGCAUUAAAAAUACGGCAAAGCAGGGUAGGGUGCCUUGGCACUCACAUUUAAUCCCCACAGUAGAAGUUGGAGUUUGAGGCCAGCCUGGUCUGAGCUAGUUCUAAGGACAACCAGAGUUAAGAGAGAAAUCCUGUUUGUAAAACUUAAGCCCAAAAUAUUUCUCUAGAAUACCUUCCUCCUUCCUCUAACCUUUCCUUUAAAUUCCUUAGAUUUAUAUUAUCCACACAUGUGCACAGACCAUUAGACUCAACCAACUUAAAAUGCUGAAACACCAUAUGAGUGUUGGAAACUCAAAAUGCUCCCUCAGUUUACACAACAGAAUCUGAGGGCAAGUCUAGUCAUUUGUAACCUGAAAUGUAAUCAGCUAGCCUACUUAAAGCAGGUACUAAGUAAAUUAGCUUUCACUUCUGGGCUUAUCAAUGCCAAAGGAUUACAGAUGCACUCCUGCUAUGUAGUUAACUUAGUAGUGGGCUUCUCUAGCAGGCAAUGCCUCGAGGCUCUGGAUCCCAUACCCAGACCUUUUCCAAGUUUUGUGCUUUUAGUGCCAGGAGGUGGUGCUAUCCACUGACUUCUACACAUGCACAAAUCUUCAUAUCCAAUGAACUACAUCUUAACAUCUCUUGGAUUCAAUCCUGCCUUUAUCUGCUUUCCAGGUAGAUCUUGCUUUCUUACAGCUUAGUAAAAUUAGCAAUCCAUCAAUAACCUGACAAACCUUUAGCCACUGAUUUACAGAUCUCACCCAGUUUAGUGAAAAUGCCACUUCUGACUGCUUAUGGCCCAGGGACUUCAAAGUGAUUUUUAACCCUAGACAAUCAGCUUUAUCUAAACUUAAACUAGGCCACCUGUUGUGAUCAAGUUACCCAUGAAGAGCAGCAAACCCUUGCUGGAAUAGUGGUGCAGGCCUUUAACUCCAGCACUUGAGAGGCAACUGUCUUAAAGCCUCCCUCCCCCAUAACAAAGAACAAACCCGUAACACACAGAACUAUAUUAUGCCACCAUCUCCAGUUCAGUGAAUAUCCUGGGUACCUCAAUUCAUAAUUGUGUAUUAUUAAUUAUAUCAUUUUAAUUCAGACUUGAAACAAUUCCAAAAUUAGGUUUUAAAACAGGAUGUUCCUGGGCUAGAGAUGGCUCCAGUGUGUAAAGAAGCAGUAGCUGUUCUAGAGGAUAAGAAUUCAAAUUCCCUCUGAACAAAGUAGUUAGAAGUUCAAUUCCCAAUCAUCAUGGUGCCUCAAAAACUAUCUAUAGAUGAUCUGAUUGAUGCCCUCUUCUGGCUUAAAGCCAUACACUACAUGCAGUCACAAAUCAUUUUAAAUUUUUCUUCCCAAUCUAUUAGCUAAAAUUUGAAUGAUGCCAUUUACAAAUACACACUACCAACAGUGUUUUAUAUAUAUAUAUAUCCCCAGAAAACCAUGAAA